UGAUUAUAAACGAGCACUUGCAUCACUAACAUCACUUUGCUCGUAUUUUCUUUCGCUGGCCCCAAAUAUUUUCGAAAUUAGUGGAUAAACGCUUAUGUAGUGCAUUUUGUGUGUGUUAUGUGGUGUAGUUCUUAUAUUUAACAAUAACCAAGAUGAGUUCGAAAAAGGGCAAGCGGAAUAACGGCAACAAGCAUUUCCCUAUAGCUGAGUCUGUGAGCAUAGCGCUGAAGAUUCAGCUGGAUAAGUUUAUAAGUGAUGAGAACGAGACGGAAUUGAAAUUCCCUACAUUCCUGUCUGCGCAGGAACGAGGCUUCAUCCAUGAGACUGUCGCUAAAUUAGGUUUGAAGUCGAAAUCGCGCGGGAAAGGAGUGAAUAGAUAUCUAACAAUAUAUAAGAGGAUUGGGUCGACAAUAAUCCAGAAUGAUGCCAAGCUCAUCCUGGACUCGAACAUGCGGUGCAGCAUCACGGAGUUGUUCAAUGCUUUUCCAAUCACCAGCAAGGAAAAGGACGACCUCAGCAGCUGCCCAGAGAAGGAACGGAGUCCACAGCUGGCUCAUAAGACCUUGGGGCAGCUGAACAAUGGAGUAGCACAGAUCCCGACUACAACCUAUAAUCCGGAACUGAUAAAGUUCAGAGACAAGUUGCCCGUGUAUGAGCAGCGACAGGAUCUCCUAAAUGCUAUCUUACACAAUCAGGUGAUAAUAGUAGCCGGCGCGACAGGAUGCGGCAAGACCACCCAGCUCCCGCAGCUGAUACUGGACUACUGCCAGGAGCACAAGCAGCCUGCCAGGAUAUACUGCACACAGCCCAGGAGGAUAUCCGCCGUCUCUGUCGCUGAGAGGGUGGCGCACGAGCGCAUGGAGAAGAUCGGCCAGUCGAUCGGCUAUCAGAUCCGGCUCGAGUCCCGCGUCAGUCCCCGCACCGUGCUCACCUACUGCACCAAUGGAGUGCUACUGCGAACCCUUAUGGCGGGGGACACUUCCCUUACUGGCGUGACGCACGUGUUCGUGGACGAGGUGCACGAGCGCGACAAGUUCAGCGACUUCCUGCUGAUCGCGCUGCGGGACGCGCUGCCGCGGUUCAAGGACCUCAAGCUCAUCCUCAUGUCCGCCACCAUGGACACGCAGAUAUUCUCCAGGUAUUUUAACAACUGUCCUGUGGUGACGAUCCCAGGGAGACUGCACGAGGUGCAACUGUAUUACCUGGAGGACGUGCUCAAAAUCACCCAGUACAAGACCAAGAAAAUGCAGAUAGUGGAGAAGGACCUGAAAGCCAGACUCAAGUCGGGCAGGAGCUACUGGUCGCAACUGGAGACUCAGAAGCAGGCCGUGGAAGAGAGUACGAGUAAAGAAGACAAAGAGAGUGUGAUGGAUCCAGCAUUGCAGGCUGAUAUGGACGAGUUCCUCGAGGAGUGCUUCAAGGAGGGCAGUCUGGACUCGUUCUGCCAGCUGCUGUACAUGUACGUGUCGGAGGGCGUGCCGCUGGGCGCCGCGCAGUCGCAGUCGCGCCGCACCGGGCUCAUGGCCGCCGCCGCGCGCGGCCUCUCCGACAUGCUGCAACACCUGCUGCAGCUCGGUGCAGACCCCUCAGCGAAAGACAAAGAUGGUAAAACGGCUUACGAUUACGCAGUCGAGAAGCAGCACACAGACUGCGCGAAACUGUUAUCUACCUUCAACUACACGGAGGAUUUGAAGGAGAAUUCAGAAGGAGAUGACGCAGACAACUUCCUGCUUGACGUGUACCACCACACCUUCUCCGAGGAGUUGAUAGAUCAUGACUUGAUACUCGCGUUAAUAAAAUUCAUCCAUGUCACCCUACCCAAGGGAAGCAUUCUGAUCUUCCUGCCAGGGUAUGACGAUAUAGUCACGCUGCGAGACAUGAUCCAAUCAUGUGCUGAGAUGAACGUCAUUAAAUACCAGAUAUUUACUCUACAUAGUAACAUGCAAACCCUGGACCAGAAGAAAGUGUUCAAUCCACUGCCGAACGGUAGAAAGAUUAUUAUAUCUACUAACAUAGCGGAAACUUCCAUAACCAUAGACGAUGUGGUCUACGUAAUAGAUUCGUGUAAGGUUAAGGAGAAGUAUUAUGAAUCGAAUGGUGGAGUGUGUUCGUUGCAAUGCGUGUGGACAUCGCGAGCGUGCUGCCAACAGAGGGCAGGUCGGGCUGGGAGGACCAAACCGGGGCACUGCUUCCACAUGUGCUCUAACAGACGGUUCAAAGCAUUGCCCUUGAACUCUGUUCCUGAGAUACUUAGAGUUCCCCUGCAAGAGUUGUGCCUGCAUACGAAGUUAUUGGCACCUGGUAACACUCCCAUAGCGGAUUUCCUGUCAAAAGCCCUGGAGCCGCCAUCGUUCCUAGCGGUUAGAAACGCCGUGACGCUACUAAAGACUAUAGGUGCUUUGACGCCAAUGGAAGAUUUGACCGAGAUUGGUCAACAUCUUUUAGAUUUGACCGUUGAGCCGAAAUUAGGAAAAAUGUUAUUGUACGCGUGUGUUAUGAAGUGCCUCGACCCAAUUUUGACUAUCGUGUGCUGCUUAGCGAAUAAGGAACCCUUCCAAAUAUCGAUGAACCCUGAGAAUAGGAAAAAAGGAAGCUUGGCUCGGAAGGAGUUUGCUGCGGACAGUUACUCGGACCAUAUGGCGCUCCUGCGCGCGUUCCAGGCGUGGCAGACGGCGCGGGCCAACGGGACUGAAAAAGCUUUUUGUGCCAAAAAUCUGAUAUGCGGCGCCACCAUGGAGAUGAUCGUCGGAUAUCGAUCACAGCUGCUGGCGCAGUUACGUGCCUUAUGCCUGGUCAAAGCUAGAGGAUCGGGAGACAUAAAAGACGUUAAUCUAAACUCGGAGAAGUGGCACGUGGUCAAAGCAGUGUUAGUGAGUGGAUUGUAUCCAUCCAUAGCUAGAGUAGAUCGCGACUCUUCGACGCUCCGAACUUCCAAAGAGGUGAAAGUCGCCUUCCACCCCAGCUCCACCCUUCACAGAGGUGGGGGAGUGACUGGUUCACAAAAGUCCGUCAAGAAUCUCCCAACAGAUUGGGUUGUGUUCGAGGAGAUCUCAAGAGCGGGAAGAUUCUGCUUCAUACGCUGCAAUACUUUAGUAACGCCAUUAACGGUAGCACUGUUUGGAGGACCACUGAGGUUGGUACCAGGAGCGUUGACACAGCGUGCGAACCCUCCAGGAUUGUCGAGUGAUUCUGAUAGUGAGGCUGACGAGAACAACUCCUCCCCUGACACUGCCGUGCUCACCUUGGACGACUGGAUGGCGUUCACAGCAGACGCUUCAGACGCCAUCAGUGUGUACUAUCUCAGGCAGAAGUUGUGCGCGUUAGUCAUCAGACGGAUGUCGAACCCGGGCAAACCCAUGACGCCAUUAGACGAGCAAAUUCUUAACACGGUAGUUCAUAUCCUUGGAGCGGAGGAGAAGAACGUGGGGCUCAGUCAACCGAGCGGGAUUGGACAGAGACCCAAACCUCUGACCCUGGACUCGCCUAACUGGCGGAUGAGGGUGGAAAACGACGAGCAAUACCGGCACGAUAAAUACUACCCGCAAUACAACCAGAAUGACUUCCAGAACAAUUUUUAUCAUAAUUACUACAGAGCUAACGGGCAAGGCAGGCCAGGGUGGAGGGCUGAUGGAAUGCCUCAGGGGUUUUCACCGCAAUCCUUUAGUGGGCCGAAGAGUCCCAUGUCCCCUAACGGGAAGACUUUGCUGGCUAACAUAGAGAAGUACGCGGACAACGGGGAGGGGAACGUGCGGUACGUAGUGGUGAAGGUGGACGAUCCUCAUAGCGUGGAGUUGGCGCAGACCACGAACACGUUCCCUUUCGCGCAGAAUACCGCCAAGAAGUUGCAGAAGAUGAAACAGGAAUGUCCUAGGGUAGUGGUGUUCUUCUCCCUGGCCAGCGCUUCCAAGUUUGUGGGGUGUGCCAACUUGGUGGACGGUAACGGGACCUUGGAGUGGCUCUCCACUCAACAUGUGCCUUAUCACAUGGUCAGACACGUGUGCAACUCGCUGGCGGGCGGCGCGCGCGUGUCGGUGUCGCGCGAGGGCGCGGAGCUGUGCGCGGCGGCGGCGCGCGCGCUGCUGCACGCGCACCAGCGGCGCCGGCCCGCGCACCCCCCGCACCACCCGCACCACCCGCACCACCACCACCCCCGCGCCAUACAGAAACACGCCGCCGACCACUAGCGCGCCGACCCGUCCCACGGGGUAGUGGCUCUGAAGUGACAACCAAUUUUACUAACAAACUUUAGUCCGAUAUUUUAGUAGAUACGUAAACAAAAGAUGUAUUAAAAGUGUUGUCAUUUCAGAACAUCAGAGUUUAAUUCCCUUUUUUAAGAAAUGAGAUGUUAAUUAAAAUAAUAAUCGUUAAUAAUAACUGACCUUACCAUUUAAAGUAUACUGCAGAAUAUGACUCCAACAUAAUUUUCUCCCUUUUUCCACUUUUUUCCAAAUUAAAGAUUACCAACCUAACCACAAUUCCUCAUUUGUUUAGGUAGAUCAAGACCGUAGGUACUAAAAAUAUACUGCAUGAAGCAUAUGCUUCUGAAAUCGUCCUGCUAUCUAAUAAUUCCUUUGUCGUCUUAAAAAGAAUACACGUAUUUAAAAAACAACAAAUGUUUAGCCAUAAUAUAAUCGUUGAAUAAAAAGUUCUUGAUACACACAACUUGCGACACACUAAAGUCCAUAGAAAUCAAUUUGAAUUAAAGCACGAGAUUAAAGAUAGAUAUAUUUGUUUCAAUUAGUCAAUAAUUGUUUUAAAGAUUAUAUUGUAAAACACAAAAAAAAAGUUUUUUUUCCAAAGAACAAUUAAAACAGAUGAAUCUUUUUAUUGAAGUGGUACAUUUGAGUGGAGCAAUAUAUGAUCUCAGGCUAAGGGGUAGUGAGGGACAAGUGUAAUUUUUGAGUAUAUUUAUUUAUCUCAUUCUGCCAUGACUAAAUUUAAAUUUUAUGCAAUUGAACUUGACUGGAUGACAGUUAAUUCAUUUGCAUGCUCUCUGCUGCUUUUUCAAUAUACAAAUUAUUUUUUUAAACUUAACUCCUAUUUCUUGUAAGAUUCAUGGCAAAAACUUAUUCUUUCACAUUGACUUCUCAUUCCUUCGAUAAGAAAUGCUUUGUAAAAAAUUUUGCUGUGGCAAAUAUUUUCCAAUUUGGAUCCACCUCGUUGAUCAAUUUAUUUCUUCUACGUGCAUUCACCCCAAUCAAUCUAGGGUCACACUUUUUCAUGAUGUUGCAGAAUAAUUUCUCAUAAAUCUAUUGAGUCUCUUCUCUAACUUGAUGAUUAUUUUUUCAUUAUGCAUCUGUUUCCUCCGGCAGCUAAAAUCAGUAUAUUUACCAAAUAGAAACUGCGUGGAUUUGACGUCGUUUAUAUUUGUAAUCCCACACAUCCUUCUUAACCUUUUCUUUCUAUUUUUUUUAAUUAAAAUUAACGGUCAUAUUUAAUUUUUGAAAAUGAUUAAUUGUUUUCUUUCGUAACGUAUAAUAUUUUUGUCUUUGUCAUUUUUACGAUAAAAGCUUUAAGUGCAAAAGAGAUAAUACUGGUCACUUAACACGGACUUAAAAUGUUUUAAGAUUUAUUAACACACCUCCAGUUAGGACAAACACAACAACCAGUGUAUAUUAUGUUUAUCUAAUUUGAUCUCGCUCGGUGAUGUCCAUGAUUGUCAGUUGCGUGUUCAUGAGACUUUUUUGCCUUACAUCAAAGUGUUGCUGAGAUAUUUUUUAUUGCAACCUGUAAUGCCUUUUGCGCUGGAGCACAAUAGUGCAUACUAGAGGGUAGAAAUAGAUAUUGCGAUAGAAAUAUUAUUUAUCAAUAAAAUCAAAUAAAUGGGCUACAUUGAUGGACAUAGCUCGCCUUGCCAUAAGAGCAAUUUAUGUUUCUAUUGAAUAGUAAUCUUCAGCACCGUCUCACAGCCGAUUUCAAUAAACGAUCUCAAUCUUAAUCUUCUAUUCGAUUCCGAGAGAACCAAUCAAAAUUACUCAUUUGUAAUGUCAAAAAUACUUUGUUCUGAUUGGUCAAUUUUUGAAAUAAAAGCUAUUGGAUUCGUUUAUUGAAGAUGGCGGUUAGUAAAGUUUUAAUAAAAAUGUCCUCGUAAGAAAUUCUGUACUUAUUUUGACGUUUGUGUGCGCACAAUGAUAUAUGAAGUUUUAAGAAAUAUAAAACCGAUAUUGUUUUAAUAUUAGAAUAGGCAUUUGUUUUAUUUUAUGAAAACCAACGUAAGCUGUAAAAUAGAUGUUAUUUUUGUAGCCUUGGUUUCGCCAAGAACUUUAAAUAAGCGGGGCCUUUUAUUAAUAUUUAAAUAUAUAACUUACCAAAAGUGCUAUGUCGAAGCAAUAAAGAAAUAUAAUUCAAAUAUAUUUAUAGUAUAGUAAUGAUAUAUAUUUACUAUCUAAUGCAGUUUCCUAUGCAUACCCCAUUAUUUAAGUUCUAAUAUGUGGAACUACUCUCAUCACGUAUAUAAUAUGUUUAAUCAUUGUUCUAAUAGAUAUGCGACGUUUUUCUUAGAUUAAGGUUAAGAUCUAUAAAGCUAUACUGACAGUAUGUAUUUUCAGUCGAGGGAUCUAUUUAUUCACACGGCAGUUCUCCCUUGAAUAUAACGUAUAAAAAUAUAAGGAGGAAAAUAAUAAGUGACAAAGUAAAAACAAAAUAAAAAACGUAAAAUGACUUAACCCAUGUGCUUGUUAAUUAACUUAUCGCUUAUUACCUUUCAAUAUGACCAUCUAUGAAACGUUUACCCUUCAUAUUUUAAACCUGGCUAAGGUAGGCAAAAUACCUAGGUGUUAAAUAUCCCUUAAAAAAUACGGUCAUGUAUUUUAUAUAUCUUUGCGGUCGAACACUGAAUACCCCUCAUUAAACAGGUCCAUCGACUAAUGUUACAUACUGUUUAAAGAUUUAAUGACAUUUACUAGCCGCAAGUCCGUUACGUUUUAAAAUUUGCAGAAGUGAAUUUUCUGAUUACACUCUGAAAUUGCUUGUAGAAGUUAGUCGACUUACAAGAUUACUUGCUUAUCUAAACCUAGCUAAAUAUUUGCGUAAAAUACAAAAUCAAUUCAAAUAGAUUCAAAUACAAUUAGAUUGUUUUAUAAAUCUUGGCCUGAAUAUUAGAGUGAAAGAAAUAAAACAUUGAUUAUAAUGCUUGUUAACUAAGACAGGUUCGUUAUAUUUAAAAACAUAUAAAAAUGUUAUAAUAAUGCGUUUUUAAUAACGAAUUACUUAUACUUUUUGCACCGUUUUGUAUUUUAAGAUAUAGUAAAUUUUGCGAUAAUAGUAAAUAGUAAAAAGGAUUUUAUGCUGAUGUUUUAAUUUGAAUUGUUAACACCUUUUCGUGUACUCUAUGACAAAUAAACCAAGUUUCACUUAACUCAUUUGUAACUGUCGCUUGUUAUUAUCAGUUUUCAAUAAAUAUAGAAUUGUUAGUGAAAAUGGACCAAUUAGACUAAAGCUUGUUAGUCAUGCUCACAAAUGACUUGUGUUGAUUGGAUUAUUUUUACCAUUGAUCCGAAGAUAUUUGGAAUUGGUCAUUUUUAUAAUUGGUAGCAUUUUAAUAGCUUACUACCUGCUAACAGUAGAGUUUGUAAUUUGAAUAUAAUUUGGAGAAGUUAUAAGAUUUAUUUAAAUUUCAAAAAUUCGUAUUAAUAUAACUAUAUUUAUUUAUUUACAGUAAGUUUUCAUUAAGUGCGAAUAAGGUAUUCACUACAUUUUUGUAAUGGUGUUUGCUCUUUGAGUUAUUUCAAUUAAGUCGCUAAUUACUAAAAUAUAUUUUAUAUCUGUCCUUAUGCUUGAAAUAUAUAGAUUAUUUUCUGGUUUUGACACGUACAUGAUAAUUGCUACUUAUUAUGUAAUAAUAUUUUACGUUGUUAGCGUAAGGCUGAAUAGACAUUUCCUGUGCCUACAACAGUUCCACAGAUAAUAUAGCUACAUCUUAUAACGUCUAAAUCUAAUGUGUGAUUGUUAACAAUUCGAAAUAUAGUCUCUAUAAUGUGUUAAUAGCAUAUAAUGCUUGAGCCAUACAAACAAGUGUUUGUAUGGAAAAGUAUGUAUGUCUCCAAUGAAUGCGUCAUGCGACUGUUAACUGUACAUAAUUUAGGAGAAAUGUAUAGCGAAAUUUACGCAUGAUGUCGUUUUUGACAUUUGUUUUAAAUAUAGAUAUAGACGUACAGACAAACUUGCAAAGAACUAGUUACGUUUAUCGGAAAACAAGAUAAUGUGUUUGAUAAAAUAUUUACCAAAUUUGUUCUAGAAAUGUAAAUAAAUAUCUACCACUAUCCUGGUUUAUUAGUACUUUGUAAAAUUUAGGAACAGUCCUGUGACAGCUGUCGAAGUAUUGUGUUUGGGGUUGGGGCCAUGUUAAAUGAUGAGUAUCGAUUAUUGUUACAAUUCUCAUAGAUUGAACACAUGGUUGGGUUCUAAGAU